GGGCGAUACCGAACUAAAUAAUAUAUGCCGUGGUAUGCUGAGAUUUCGUGGGUGAUGCCGCCGAUGUAUAUACCUAUUCACCGAAUUUUUUUAAACAGUUAUUCGCAAAAGCAUUCGGCGAGGCAUCCAUGGGAAUCUACCAUUCAAAGUCCCCGCUGGUCUCCAGAAAUACCGUUGUAAAUGGAAACGGAAAACAACGAGCUUAUAUAAUCACAGAGCUUAGUCAUCAUCCAACUGACUUGCACCGCCACCGGCGGACGCUCGAGUUACGAUAAACAAGUCAAGACGGAGUUUGACAACAGCGCAACGGGUUGCGGAUUAUUCUUAGCCAGACACCCAGCUGCAUUUGCCGUCCAUAUGGCAUAGUGCAUAUCGAACAACCUUCGAUCCCCUGCGCGUUGUCUUCUUGCCUCGCAGAUGCUGCGCUCCGCCGUUUCCUGGACCAUCAUGAAAGCUGAAUCGCCCGGCUAUCUGACCUCCCUCCUCCUCUCCUGAACCUUUGUCUGCUUUCUUUUCUUUUCAGAUACCCCACUGUCACUCGUUUCUUUCGAUAUAUACAAAGAUACCCGAGAUCCGAUAACUUCUGUUUGGUGUUCUCUUCUUUUCUUUUUUCUUUUUUCUUUUUUCUUUUUUUUUUUUUUUUCGGUUCCGCUCUCGGAUAGCAGCAAUGCCAGGUCUACCAUCCAGCAUCGAUCUGGAUGAGUGCAUUGAACGACUAUACCGGAAGGAAUUAUUAGCAGAUUCCGUCAUCGAGGCAAUAUGCGCCAAGGCGAAAGAACUGCUCAUGAAGGAGAGCAAUGUCGUUCACAUCGCAGCCCCCGUUACCGUCGUCGGAGACAUCCACGGCCAAUUCUACGAUAUGAUUGAGAUCUUCAAAAUCGGCGGCUUCUGUCCGAAUACAAAUUACCUAUUUCUCGGCGACUACGUCGACCGCGGCCUCUUCAGCGUCGAAACAAUCUCCCUCCUCGUCUGCCUCAAACUCCGCUACCCAGCCCGUGUCCACCUAAUCCGCGGCAACCACGAGUCCCGCGGCGUCACCCAGUCCUACGGCUUCUACACCGAAUGCGCCCGGAAAUACGGCAACGCAAACGUCUGGCACUACUUCACAGACAUGUUCGACUUCCUCACCCUCAGCGUCGUCAUCAACGAUCAGAUCUUCUGCGUGCACGGCGGCCUGUCCCCGUCCAUCCACUCGAUCGACCAGAUCAAAAUCAUCGACCGGUUCCGCGAGAUUCCGCACGAGGGCCCCAUGGCGGAUCUGGUCUGGUCCGAUCCCGAUACGGAGCGGGAUGAGUUUUCCCUCUCGCCUCGGGGUGCGGGAUAUACCUUUGGCGCGCAGGUGGUGAAGAAGUUCCUCGAGGUGAAUAAUAUGAAUCACAUCCUCCGUGCACAUCAGCUGUGUCAGGAAGGGUAUCAGGUUCUCUACGAUGAUCGGUUAAGCACUGUGUGGAGCGCGCCGAAUUAUUGCUACCGAUGUGGGAACCUGGCGAGUGUGCUUGAGGUCAGCGAUACUGGGGAGCGGUAUUUUAAUAUCUUCGAUGCAGCGCCUGAGAAUAACGAUGUACGUGGGGAGCAGCAGGCGCAGCAGCAGGGUAAGGAUGGACAUAAUCCUGUAAUUGAAUAUUUUCUAUGAUACCCUUUGGGUGUAUUUUCCUUUUUUUUUUCGUCAUGUUUUAUUUCAUUGAUUUUUUUUUCCCCUUUCGUUCUUCUUAUCCCUCCACUUCUCUUAUAAAAUAAAUCUUCCGAGCUAUUUUUUAAGCAUAAGUUGGGCGUUUUGGUUUUGUAACUGAUAUAGAAAGAGAUGGAUGGGCUGCGAAAAGAGGGAGUCACAGGCAGGAAAGCAAGAGAGGAGAAAGUUAUCACCACCUCUAAUAUGGCAUUCAUGCAGAACGGGCACGGAUUUAUGUUUAUAUUAACUUACGUCCUGCCCUGGGAACCACCAGAGCAGAAACGGGGAACAAAAAAAGAAAAAAACCAAAACCAAAAUAGUAUAAAAAGGAAAUUCGUUCUGAGCAUUAGAGCAAAAAGAGAAGAAGGAAAAAGGAACAACACAAGGAAGAGCAAAUUGGGAACGGAGAAAAAAAAUGCAGAUUCGAAUUUUGUUUUGUUCGGGGGGAUUCUUGUCAAUCUAUCUACCAAUCCUUGGCGAUGUUGAAAGACCACUCGAACUUGAGAUGGGUGGUGUCAUCGUCGUCUACGAAUCUCGAGAGUGCGGUAUAAUGUCCUCGAGCAACAAAGUUGCUCGGAGCCUCUUCGGGAUGGACUGCGAAAAACGAACGAAACAAGGGGUGUCAGACAGACAGACGGUUCGUUUACUCGAGAGGGGGUGGGGUAUGGUGCACAACUUGACUCACAAGGCCAGUUCUGGGAAAAUAAAGGAACUGGCUUAGGGGCCACGAAUCAUAAAGAAGAAACUUACAUUUCUUUUCAUACAGCGGUUUAUCGGUGGUGUUUGGUGGGUAGCUCCCCUGGUACACCAGACACAAGGAAAGAAGAAGAGAUAUAUCAGCAGCCAUUCCGGCAUCAACGGUAUCCGAUAAAGGAACAAGGGGGAUAGAGAGAUAUAUAUAUAAGGAAGAAGAAAAACUCACCAGCAUCUCCUCAUCCUUACUAAUCCGUACCCCCCUCCGCUUCACAACCUGAAUAUACUUCAACCCGCUAAGCACCUCAUGCUGCACGACGAACGUGGCUUUCAUCCGGAAGCGGCAACCUUCUUUUAUGGUGAAGGGUUUGUCCUUGAGCUUAUCAACGGAGCCCUCGGCGGAGAGAUCGAUGGUGAUGUCGUCGCGGCCCUCGACUUCGAGCGCGAGGGAUUUGAUGAUGCAUUUGCGGGGGUCGUUGGGGUCGGAUAUCGAGGUACCUGUACCCAGGCCUAGAGACGCUUUCCAGCGGUUGAGGGAUUCGUCGUUUGCGUCUGGUUUGUGGAUUCAUCCAAGCAAGGGAGUGGGAGGUGUGUUGUUAGCGAUAUUGGAAUCCCUUUUGCUUUUGCUUUUUUUUCUUUUUCCGUCUUAUUCUGUGGGCUGCGGCUGGGGGGAAAUGUAUUUAUGUUUCCCAACUCUGCCAUGUUCAAGCUGGGACAUGUAAUAUAGUAUGCUUGCAUAUAAAUAAAUCUCACAGAAAGCGCGGUGGGAUAGAAGGAAAAAAAGGCUGAACAUCAUUUUCGCUGCAAGAAGGACGAGAGCAAGUUGAAAAGACAGCAGGUGCAUAACAAAACAUGCCCCGUUUAUAUCAAUUACUUUUCCUCUACCUCCAUCCAAAACAAAACAACAUAUCCACAAACUUUUGCAUGAUAAUGAUAGCAAAUGCUUGCAAAACAAAUGGACCGAGGUGUAUAUAAAUUAAUGAACAAGCAUAUCAGAUACAUUACAUACCUAGCUGCUGGUACUCCUCGAGAGUCUUCUUCUCACCAACCUUGAAGCCGGCAGUUUUGCUUGCUGCCAAAUCCUCAUCGUGUUCGUUGGACAUUUUCGUUCGACUGCUUGUGUUUAUUUUCGAGGUGCGGGGGGGAGUUUUGGUGAGCGGGGUUGAUGAGUGUCUGUGCGUAUGGAUUGCGUCUCUGGUGUGGAGGAACUUUGAGAUAUUGGUAUCUUGAGCCAGAAGUAUGAGGAGAACUGGAGAAGAGAAGAGACAGGGAAAGAAAGAGAGGAAGAGAGAAGAGGAAGAGGAAAUGGAGAAAGAGAAGAGAAGAAGAGAGAGGAGAGAGACGAGACAGAGCUGGCGGCGGAUGGAUGAGGCUAACAGUUGGACGUUUGUUUUGGUGGGGGUAAGUUAACUAACUAGUUACGCUGGGAGCGAACUGAACUGAUCUUUUCAGCUGUCACCCACAGAUAGUAAGUAAGUAGCUCUCAUUGAAGAUUCUGGUCCGCUCACAUCCCCUCAUAGUAGAUGAAGUAUUUUUAUGCUGCUCAAUCGGGCGGGGUUCCUCACCCUAGAAAUAACAUUAUUUUUGGUGUAACUACUUGAUAGACAUCCAUUUCUGAAACAGAUGCUGCAUGGUCCAGACCAGCCUCUUAUGGCCUGUCUGCCAUCCUGCCACCCAGCCAAAUAGCCAAAUAGCUAAAUAGAAAAAAAAAAAAAAAACCCCGCAAAUCAUUCUGCACACAUGAUCUCCGUGCUCCCUCCGAGUCCCUCGUCCCCGCCAGCCCUCCCUUCCCCCCGCCCCCGCCGUGAUGUUCCAUAAUCGUAAGUACAGAGUAAUAUGGAGCUGAGAUCAUAGCGUCAGGGAUAGCCGCCUGCCCGCCCGCAUGCAUGGAUGCAUUCAUGCACAUCAAAUGGUG